UGGAUUUCAGCCAGGCAGCGCGCCGGUCAGCUACAGCCGGCUGGAGGGGUCCUUAACCGAAGCGCUGUGGAGGACGAGCAGCCAACAUGCCGACUGUUGGAGUGAAACGGGAUCUUCUCUUCACAGCUUUGGGCAGAACAUACACGGAUGAGGAGUUUGACGAGCUGUGCUUUGAGUAUGGGUUGGAGCUGGAUGAAAUUACCUCGGAGAAGGAGAUAAUCAGCCGGGAGCAAGGCGGCUCCAAGGCCUCGGGGGCGUCUGACGUCAUCCUGUACAAGAUUGACGUACCAGCUAACCGCUAUGACCUGCUGUGUCUGGAGGGGCUGGUCCGUGGCCUGCAGGUCUUCAUGAACAAGAUGGAGGCACCUCGCUACAGACGUGUUCGCCCGGUCAGCGGGGAGCCUCAGCGGCUUGUUAUUACCAAGGAGACGGCGGCGGUGCGACCGCAUGCCGUGGCCGCAGUGUUGAGGAACAUCACCUUCACACAGGAACGCUACGACAGCUUCAUCGAGCUGCAGGACAAACUCCACCAAAACGUCUGCAGGAAGAGGAGCCUGGUGGCCAUCGGCACUCAUGACCUGGACACCAUCUCCGGUCCUUUCACCUACACGGCCAAACCUCCAGGAGAGAUCAGCUUCAAGCCCCUGAACCAGACCAAAGAGUACACCGCCACCCAGCUCAUGAGCCUCUACAAGACGGACAGCCACCUGAAGCAUUUCCUUCACAUCAUCGAGGACAAGCCCGUGUACCCCGUCAUCUACGACAGCAAUGGCGUCGUCCUGUCCAUGCCGCCCAUCAUCAACGGUGACCAUUCAAAAAUCUCCCUGGAGACAAAGAACGUCUUCAUUGAGUGUACGGCCACAGACGUGACGAAGGCGAAGAUCGUGUUGGACAUGAUGGUGACCAUGUUCAGCGAGUACUGCGCACAGCCUUUCACGGUGGAGGAGGCUGAGGUGGUGUACCCCGACGGCAAGACCUGCAAAUAUCCAGAGCUGGCUUACAGGAAGGAGAAGCUGUCCAGCGAGUUCAUCAACAGGAAAGUUGGCAUCAACGAGUCGACCGAGACGCUCGCCCGGCUGCUGACCAAGAUGUGCCUCCGCUCCGAGGUCACGGGGGCCGGCGACGAGAUCGAGGUCGAGAUCCCGCCCACGCGCUCCGACGUCAUCCACGCCUGCGACAUCAUGGAGGACGCCGCCAUGGCCUUCGGGUUCAACAACAUCCCGUACACCACGCCGCUCACCUACACCGUCGCACACCAGCUGCCGGUGAAUAAACUGACGGAGCUGCUGAGACAGGAACUCGCCGCCGCUGGAUUCACGGAGGCGCUGACCUUUGCCCUGUGCUCUAAAGAAGAUAUAGCCGACAAGCUGGGAAAGAAGAUCUCCGAGACCAGAGCGGUUCAUAUCGCCAACCCCAAGACAGCCGAGUUCCAGGUGGCGCGCACCACCUUGCUGCCCGGCCUGCUGAAAACCGUAGCAGCCAACAGGAAGAUGCCGCUUCCCCUCAAGCUGUUUGAGAUAUCCGACGUGGUGCUGAAGGACGAGACCAAAGAUGUCGGGGCGAGGAACAGCCGGCGUUUCUGCGCCGUCUACUACAACAAGAGCCCGGGCUUCGAGGUGAUCCACGGCCUGCUGGACCGGACCAUGCAGCUGCUGGAGGAGAAGUCGGCCCGCGGGGACGGGUACCACAUCCAGGCCGCCGAGG